AUGCUGGACGGCAUUGAAGCUGGCCCUCUGGAUGAAAUGUAUACGCUGAAAAAACAGGCCGACGGCGAUACGUGCGAUCAAAAAGCCGAUCUCGGUGUUGGUAUUUAUCGGAAUGAGGCAGGCAUUUAUCAAGAAAUGGAUUGCAUUAAACAGGCCAAAGUUGAGCUCUCAAAGCAGAAUCUAGGCCAUGAUUACGAGGUUACCACAGGAAACCCGGAAUUUCUGCAGCAUGCAGCUCGGCUCAUUUUUGGCGAAAACUGCUUGCGCCUUGCGGCUAAUCACGUUGCUUCAGUACAAACCAUCUCCGGUACUGGGGCAAACCAUCUUGCUGUACUUCUUUUGGCCAAGUGCAUCGUGCCGCAGCCAAAGGUAUUCAUUGGCACACCAUCCUGGGGCAAUUACAAACCGAUGCUCGACUUGGUAGGAUUGUUAACGGUCGAGUACUCGCAUUACGAUGAAACUAAUCGCGCCCUCAACUUUCCAUCCAUCCUUGGGACCAUUACGUCGGCCCCUCGCAAUAGUGUAUUCAUCUUCCAGAGCUGUUGUCACAAUCCCACUGGCGCAGACCCAUCGCAGGAGCAGUGGCACGAGUUGGCAAUGGCGCUUCGGGCUGGUGACCAUAUUCCGCUUUUCGACUCGGCCUACCAGGGACUUGGAAGAGGACUUGAUGAGGACUCAUUCGCUGUACGACUGUUUGCCAAGUUGGGCUUCAGCAUGAUUGUUUGUCAGUCCUUUUCGAAAAACUUUGGUCUGUAUGGUGAGCGAUGUGGUGCUCUUCACGUCUUAUGCGGCACUGCAGAGGCAGCAAGCGCAACGCAGGAUCGUCUGCGAUGCUUAAUAAGGUGGGAAUUUUCUUCUUCUCCAGCCUACGGCUCCCGUCUGGUAAACAUUAUCCAAAGCUCGGCGUAUUUAAAACAGAUGUGGGUUACGGAGUUGUCUGCAAUGAGACAUCGUCUGUACGAACUGCGGCAACAGUUGUACAAUUUGCUGAGUAAAGUUCUCAAGACGCCUGGGCAUUGGGGACACAUUAUCGAAGAAUGUGGCUUGUUCUCAUUCCUCAAGCUAUCGCCGCGACAGUGCUCGGUCCUAAUCCAGCAGUUCCAUAUUUACCUUCCACCCAAUGGCCGUAUCAAUAUUUCCGGCCUUAACAAGUCGAAUAUAGAAAGGGUUGCGAGAGCAAUUGAUUAUGUCGUUCGCCUCCCGGAUGCAUAA